UUUAUAUAUAAAAUUGACUAAUUGAAAAUAUAUAACAAUUGUAUUAUUAUAUAAAAGACAUUUAUUUUGAUAUAGCUAAAUAAUGUUUCUUCCAACUAAAAAUAUUCUUUUGGUAAACUUUGGUAGAUGGGCUGCUAUAGGCAAUCGUUGGCUGCAUCUUUCAAAUAUGCUAAACAAGAAUGAUAAGGAAUAUCGCAUAGAAACAGACACUUUGGGUGAAGUAAAGGUACCACAGGGUAAAUACUAUGGAGCACAAACAGUAAGAGCUCAGAAGAAUUUUCCUAUAGGUGGACCAGAAGAACGUUUGCCAGUUCCUCUUAUAAAAGCCAUGGGUAUUUUGAAAAAAGCAGCGGCUGUAGUAAAUGUAGACUAUGGAAUGGAUGCCGAAAUAAGUGAAGCCAUAGUGGAAGCUUGUGAUGAAAUAAUAGAAGGCUGCCUAAUAGAAGAACAUUUUCCCGCUAUUAUUUGGUCCACUAUUACUCAAACUAAUAUGAAUUGCAAUGAGGUAAUCAGUAAUCGUGCCAUUGAGAUAAUGGGUGGCGAAAUUGGUUCCAAAAAACCGGUACAUCCUAAUGAUCAUGUAAAUAGAGGACAAAGUUCCAAUGAUACUUUACCCACAGCUGUGAAUAUAUCUAUGGCUGUGGAACUAAAUAAUAGUCUCAUACCAGCCAUUACGGAGCUGUACGAGGGUUUGAAAGAAAAGGAAAAAGAAUUUGCGGAUAUUAUUAAAAUAGGACGUACUCAUCUGCAAGAUGCUGUACCGCUAACAUUGGGUCAAGAGUUCAGUGGUUAUGCUCAACAAAUGAAAAAUGGUUUAGAUAGGAUUGAUGCAGUGUUGCCACGUGUCUAUGAAGUUUGUUUAGGUGGUACAGCUGUGGGUACCGGUAUAGGAGCAAAUCAAUGUUUUGCUGAAAAAUGUGCUGAUAAAAUAGCCGAAUAUACUUGUUUGCCCUUUAAAAAGGCCCCUAACUUAUUUGAGUGCAUAGCUACUAAUGAUAUUAUGGUGGAGGUACACGGGUGUUUGAACACCCUUGCUGCAAGUAUAAUGAAAAUAGGAAAUGAUAUACGUUUAUUGGGUUCAGGACCACGUUGUGGUUUGUCCGAACUAAUGCUGCCACCAAAUGAACCUGGAAGCUCUAUAAUGCCCGGAAAAGUAAAUCCCACACAAUGUGAGUCUAUAACUUCCAUAUGUACCCAAGUGAUGGGAAAUCAUGUGGCAGUAACCAUAGGAGGCUCAAAUGGUCAUUUAGAGCUGAAUGUGUUUAAGACCGUAAUGGUGGCAAAUGUUUUACGUUCUAUACGUCUUUUAGCCGAUGGUUCUAGAAAUUUCAAUAAUAACUGCAUUAAGGGUCUUAAAGCAAAUAAAAAGAAAAUCGAAAAAAUGAUGAAUGAGUCUUUAAUGUUGGCAACAGCUCUUAAUCCUCAUAUUGGUUAUGACAAGGCAGCUCAGAUUGCUAAAACUGCUAAUAAAAAUGGUACUACACUCAAAGAAGAGGCGGUAAAGUCUGGCUUUGUAACUGAGGAACAAUUUAAGAAAUGGGUUGUUCCAAAGAAUAUGACUAGUCCUCAAAAGUAAAAUGUUCAUCAUCAUCACCGUUAGGAUGUUGAAUCGUCAAUACGGAAAUAUGGAGGCUUACAAUUUCUGAAAGUCAUUGUCUGUCAACUCUUCCUAGAAUUGCUUGCCAACAAAAUGGUUUCAGAUUCUAUCUCAUGAAAAUCU